AUGGAAAACAGUGAACAAUUUUGUUUAAAGUGGAAAAACCAUCAGUCGACACUGAUAUCACAGUUCGACUCUUUACUAGAAAAUGAAUUCUUUGUGGAUUGCACCUUAGCAGCUGAGGGAAAAUAUUUGAGGGCCCACAAAAUAAUUUUAUCUGCUUGUAGCCCAUAUUUUGAAUCCCUGUUGAGGCUUCAAUAUGACAAACAUCCUGUUUUUAUUUUAAAGGAUGUUAAGUACCAGGAACUGAAGGCAAUAAUGAAUUAUAUGUACCGAGGCCAAGUGAACAUAAGGUUUGAUCAAGUAGAAGCAUUUUUAAAGGCCGCUGAGAUGCUGCAAAUUAGAGGCCUCUCAAAUAGUGGGACAAAUAAAGAGAAUCAGCGUGUAACUAGUUCACCUCUUCCUGUUUCUACAAAAUCUUUCAGUCCUACUAUUAGUGAACCAAUAGUCGAACUUCCCCCGCGUGAUGAUGACGUAGCGGAUCAAAAUACACCUGCCAAUAGGGAAACCUCCUCUAACCCAACUUCUAGGAAACGAAGGAAGAGUAGGAGGUAUAGUAAUGAUGUAUCUUCCGUAUUACCUGAUAAUCAUGAACUCAGUCAUUUAAGUAGUUAUACAAAAUUUGUCUCUCACCUCAAUGAACGUUCAAUAAACCGCACCAAUGUAACGGAUAUGACUGAAUACUCUUUAGAUGUAUUCCAGUCACCCUCUAAAGAAUUGAAUGUUCCUAUUAUCACAGAAGUACGAACACUAGAAAGUAGUGAACUAAUACUUCAACCCACAUCCGAAUAUGCUGAUGCAAGAUGCAAUGACUAUAUUAUAGACCUAACACUUGAUGACGACGAUAUGGAUGAUAUGGUCCAAUCACAAGCUGGACCCAGUCAUGGUGGUGAAGGAUCCAGUCAAGAUUUUGCUGGAUGGUACAAUAUAGGCGAGGGUAGGACGCAAGAUGAAGUGUUCAUGGCAGCACAGGACGCAGCGGCAGAACAUCGUGACCAGUCACAAGCUGGACCUAGUCAUGGUGGUGAAGGAUCUAGACGAGGUUUUGCUGGGUGGCAGAACGCAGCGGCAGAACAUCGUAACUCACCAGAUCUCCUGAUUGUUGGCAGUAUUGGAUCGUCGUUAAUAACUAAAAACAUAUCGAUAGACCAGGGAGGCUACAAAAGUGAUCCACCAUUCUUUCAGUAUGAUAUUGAGGACACGGCAAGCUACCAAAGUGGUUCACCAACUUUUCAGUAUGAUAUUGAGGACACGGCAGGCUUGGGAUUUGAAAUGGAUCUUGAAUAUUACGCAACACCAGCGAUAGAAUACGGAGAGGUUGAUGAGAGGGUCAUCAGGAAAAAGCUUAAUAAACCUAAGAAGUCUAACGGCCCAACAGGGAUAAAGAAAUUUUGA